AUGGAUGCUCGAGCAGACACGUCGUCGGGCCGCUUUAGAGGGCAAUGGGCAUUCCUUUCCGCGCCUGCGCCUUCGCACCAUGGAUCAAGGUCUCUCCCGCCAUCUUCCAGCUACCUGCGAAGUGACCACAGCAAUGUUUCCCCUCGACCGGCCGCCCUUCACUUCCACCAGCUCAAUGCAUCCCGCUCCAGCCUAACCAGGCACGCUCAGACCCCGUCCGUCGGUGGUCGCUCGACUACAACUAACCUUUCUCAACCCGUUCUCGUUCGUGUCCAUUCCGACGAUGCCUCUCUCCAGAUCCGCCCACCAAGGCCGAGGCCCAAACGCGGCGUCAUGAACAACGAGUUGCCCCCUGUCCACGAAUUCAGCUUUCGAGGCAUCUUGACUGCAAUCGAAGAGGACAUUGAAGAAGACAUCAAUGCGAUAUCUGAAAUACUCGGGAGGAGCAGACUGGUGUUGGCAGACCAGCAUGACAGUCACUUGCCUCCCCAAGGCGAGAUCAGGGCCAUGAGCAGCCCUUUACAGGCCGUGGCUGAGGCAAGCGCAAGUAACGAACGCCUGGCCGCCGCAGCAGAUGAUGUUCUUAUCCUCCGGGAAGAUGCAAGUCUCGUCGACGGAAGUCACACUGGCUCCUUCGCAUAUGGCUUGCUUGAGAGACUACAAGCUGUCCCACGAACCAGGCGCAUGAGAAGUGAGACCUUGGGCGCCGUGCCCUCGAGGCCGGGGACAGGCUCAAUUCGCCAUAAUUCGGCGCCACCAAUUCUACCGGAUGUGCCGCCAGUUGUGGAAGACCACGAGCGCCUUGCGCUGCCUGGACUGUCACGCUCGUCUCGCCGCUUACUUCAGAGCUCCGUAGCGGAAAAUGAGGUAGAAGAAACGCCGUCCAGGGCAACCGAUGCCGUGGUGUCAGAGACGUACCUGUCCGCCGGAGCAAAUGCAGUCAUGAUAUCUGACCCUCCUGUCGUUUCAGAAGGCGGUCGCCACUAUCCACUGUACAGUUAUGACGACAGCGGACUAUUUGAGGGACCCGUCCCUCCUUGUCCGCCCCCACCCAUGACUCUGCGGGAGAGAUUGCAGUCGUUAAUUCCUAGAAUGGAGUUGCACAAUUUCGUGCCCUGGGUUCAUGGACAUACCAGCCGCGCCAUGAGUGCAGAGUCCCAGCUUCGGGAAAUACUCGACAAGCACCAACGGUCGCGAGAAUCGCGACCAAAUUUGGAGACAGCCGCAGAGAGCUCGGAAAUGUACGAAUAA